CUUUAAUUCCAACGAUGGCCCACAGAACCAUUUUCUGCCACGUAUCUUCUCCGUUAAGUUCUACGUUGAUUUUACCUCGUUACAAGUCGAACUGAAUAGUUGGUCGUAGUUAGAAGAGUCUAAAACUUUAGCGGGCCGGAAUCCGAAAAUGGCUGUCACUGCAAAAAUCGCACCGUCGAUGUUGUCAUCAGAUUUCUCCAAUUUGGCAUCUGAGGCUGAGCGCAUGCUCAAUUGUGGGGCUGACUGGCUCCACAUGGACGUCAUGGAUAGGCACUUUGUCCCAAAUCUAACUAUUGGUGCUCCAGUCAUUGAGAGCUUGAGAAAACACACAAAGGCAUAUCUUGAUUGUCACCUUAUGGUAACAAAUCCUCUUGAUUAUGUUGAACCUAUGGGUAAAGCUGGUGCUUCAGGUUUCACAUUUCAUGUUGAGGUAUCCAAAGAUAAUUGGCAAGAGCUUGUCCUAAGAAUUAAGUCAAAGGGCAUGAGACCUGGGGUGGCAUUAAAGCCCGGAACACCCAUUGAAGAAGUUUAUCCCCUGUUACGGAAAUUAAGAUCUAUAUUUGAGGUUGAAGGUGAAAAUCCUGUGGAAAUGGUUCUUGUGCUGACCGUAGAACCUGGUUUUGGUGGACAAAAAUUCAUGCCAGAGAUGAUGGAUAAGGUACGUACAUUGAGAAAGAAGUACCCUUCCCUUGAUAUAGAGGUAGAUGGUGGUUUGGGACCUUCAACCAUUGGAGCGGCAGCCUCAGCAGGUGCGAACUGCAUUGUUGCAGGAAGCUCAGUGUUUGGAGCUGCUGAGCCAGCCAAUGUGAUAUCCCUUACGAGAAAAAGUGUUAAUGAAAACCGGAAAAGCAGUUAAGGUUUUUGCCGGCAAGAUACAUCAAUUGAAAUUCCAUAAAGACAUGGUUUGUUUGCAUCUGGAAAGAAGAAUAAGCCAGGGUCAUCAGUUACGUCAUCUCUUACAAACCGCACCUGUAUCAGUUAAAUGUAACAUUAUAACAUAUCUUUAACCAUUCGUUUUAAUUUUUAA